UCCUGGUUUAGUUCUGGUUUAGUUCUGCUCUAAUCCUGGUUCAGUCCUGGUUUAGACCCCAUUAAGGGCCAUGGCAUCGAACACUGCAACUUUAGGAAACCUUCCGAGUGGACUUGGAAUCUGCACAACUUUCCCUGACCUGCUGUACUUCCCUGAACUGCUGUUUGGAGUCCUGGUCUGGAUCCUGGUCGCCUGUACAUACGUGGUCCCUCACAACCCUCAGGGCUGGGUCAUGUUUGUGUCUGUCUUCUGUUUCGUCCUCACAUUCAUCUGGAUGUGUGUGUUUGCCUGUGGAGGUCACCACAACAAGAGCAGCUGGGCCGCAGCAGAUUUUGUGUACCACUUCAUCGCGACUGUGUUCUACCUGAGCGCGUCCGUGGCUCUGGCCAAGGUCACUCUGGACGCAAGGACUAUUUCCAACUUCCAGGUGUACCAGCUGGACAUCUCUGCUGUGGUCUUCUCCUACGUGACGACAUUGCUGUACUUCAUCCACACCAUCUUGUCAGCCUAUCGCUGGAAAUCCUUUUGAAAAACCAAAAACACAAAACAGACAUUAAAUAUUUCAACAUGAAGGAGGCGGGGGCUAAUGGCACCUCUGGACCAAUCACACCUCAGACCUCAGGAUCAACGCACCAAUCCCUGCACAGUCUGACCACCAGCUGACUACA